AUGGAGAACGACAUGGGUGAAAAGACCGAGAAGUUUGUGGUUGAGUCAUCUUCAGAACAUGCUGAAGUGACUGCCAUCAGCACUGUCGAAGCGCGUGACGCACUCGGCCAUUCCGCUGAGGCAUACGGCCCAGAAGGAGUGCGAGGUCUUUUCUCAUCUGGAUAUGUCUUCGGAGCCGCCUUUCUGGCAUCGCUGGGCGGUUUCUCCUUCGGAUACGAUCAAGGUGUCAUUUCCAUCAUCAAUGUGAUGGACCAGUUCCAUGCGCUCUACCCCCAGGCCAAGACUUCUUUUGGCACGGGAUUCAUGACUGGAAUGUUGUUGCUUGGAGCAUUUGUUGGCUGUCUUUUCAUGCCUUAUCUUGCGGACAAGAUCUCGAGAAAGUGGGCAUUGACUGUUGUCGUGGUCAUCUUUGAUCUCGGUGCAAUCAUCCAGACAGCUGCCCCCGACUUUGGAACUCCGGUUGCUGGGAGAGCAAUUGGUGGUAUCGGCGUAGGAACUUUGGCUAUGACAGCGCCUCUCUACAUUUCGGAGAUCGCACCACCGAACCUUCGUGGAACAUUGCUGGUUCUGGAGUCUGUUUCCAUCGUCUCCGGGGUUGUGAUCGCGUAUUGGAUUACCUUCGCCACUCGACAUCUAGAAGGAACUUUAUCGUUUCGACUUCCCCUUGGUCUACAGAUGGUAUGUGCUACCAUACUGGGAGUCUGUAUACAUUUCUUCCCAUAUUCCCCACGUUGGCUUGCGCUCGUGGGUCGUUCUGAAGAUUGUAUGGCUAGCUUGACAAGGCUUCGAGGACUCCCUGCCACAGAUGAACGCGUGCAGGCUGAAUACAGUGCGAUCCUCUCCGAAGUCGUUUUCCAACGCCUUGUGGCAGAACAGACCCACCCUGGAGUUAAAGGCUGGAAACUAGAAGUGCACAGCUGGCUGGAUUUGCUUAAGAAGAAGAAUUGGCGCCGGACCGCUGUUGCAGUUGGCGUGUGCUUUUUCCAGCAAUUCUCCGGAGUGAACGCAUUCAUUUACUACGCACCCACGCUAUUCCGAUCGCUCGGUCAAUCAGAUGAAAUGUCUCUGAUUCUAUCUGGCGUCUUCAAUAUCCUGCAACUUGUCGGGGUAUUUGUUUGCAUCAUGACAAUUGACCGAAUUGGACGCCGCCCUCUUGCUAUUUUUGGUGGAUUUGGUUGCGCUGUCUGCUACAUGGUCAUUGCAAUCCUGAGCGGAUUAUACUCUCACGAUUGGUUGAAUCAUACUGGAGCCGGCUGGGCCUGCGUUGCCUUCGCUUUCCUAUUUAUUAUUGUUUUCGGUGUUUCCUACUCACCCUUGGGCUGGGCACUCCCUUCUGAGGUGUUCACCACAGCGUCUCGAUCCAAGGGCGUCGCUUUGGCCACCUGCGUCAACUGGCUGUCCAAUUUCGUCAUUGGAAUUGCUACACCCCCAAUGAUGGCAACCCAAGGUUAUCGAACCUAUAUCUUCUUCACAGUAAUGUGCUUUUUGGCUGGGGUCUGGGCACUGAUAUUGGUUCCAGAGACGAAGGGGAAAACACUUGAGGAAAUGGACGAGGAAUUUGGAGAUGUGCAAGGUCUCGCCGAGAGGGAGCUUAUGAGAUCAGCGGUUCAAUCUGUGAGGCAAGGAAUUAUAGCUGAAGAGCUGAGAGCAUAG